ACACAGAAAAAUCAGACAUCCCCUGAAAAUAAGACAUCUUUGGGAGCAAAAAUUAAUAUAAGACACUGUCUUAUAUUUGGGGAAACACGGUAGUAAAAAAAUUAAGGGGGAGAAGGGGUUCUCCAGUUUUUAGCAGAGCGGUUCAGUUUCCACAGUUCUCCCUGGAAUCUCCUUUGUUGCGCCAUUCAUUAUGUGGGAACUAAGCUGCAUCUGGCUUACGUGGCAAACGCAUGCAUCAGUUCUGAUCUGUGAACGACUGGCGGGCAGGCCGCUCCUGCCACCGAGACUUCUGCUGCCUUUGCUGUACACGGCCAGGCCAGGCCGCAUUGUGAGGCGAGCACCUGUUGCCAUAACGACCGACUCCAGCAAAGAAGUGCCAGGGACAGCUUGGGUCUGGGCCAGAGUGAUCCUCUUUGGAGGAAACCUUCCCGACCAGAUUAUGAGGCAAGGCGGACGUUUCCUGUGCCAUCUUUUAAAGCCACACCAAGUGCCUUUAAAUUUGCCCAGCCUAAUUGGACCCAGGUGAACGAGGCUCAAGCGGAACCAUCUCAAUUGCAGAAGCAUAAUGGCAGCCACGGGACCUCCCACCAACUUGCUGAAAGGUCAGGUAGGUUCAGAAAAAUGGCACAAGGACAACAGCAGGACUGUGCAGAAAGCCAACGAGCUGACACGAGACUAUGGAAAGAAAGCCCUCAAUCUCUGGAGACCCUCCCUGCCCCCUGGCCAGCCCGAGGAGACACCAUACGAACGCAAGGUGAGGAUGGAUUCCUGGAAAUUCAAGCUGGAUGUGUCAGCGAGCGGAGAGGUGAAAAGAAAGCCACCCGAAGGGCCUGGGGUGACCCUGUGGAAGAUCAAAGUCAAACCUCCCCCAUGGGUCUGCAAGAUGGCCAUGCCCUGCUUCCGAGAUUACUUCAACACCAAGAACAAUGAGUUUAUGGCUAACUACUGCAGGGAGACACGCCAAGUGGUGAGCCGCCUGCGUCAGGCCCUGGUAGAGAUAAACGAGCAAUUCAAGGCCCUGGUGAACGAGAGAGAACGGCUUGAUGCCAUGCUGGCCAGAAUUCGCCAAAGCCUCCUUACCAACAAGCAAACCCAUGUCAUCCGGGAGAACAGACCAACGUUGGAGAAGAUACCUGACAAGGUGGAUUCCUUGAUGAAAUGGGAGAAGAAGGAGUUACAAAGACAGAAAACCAAGCUAGAGGGGGUGAUGGCCAUGUCAGAGGAUCACCUUAAGGCAUUGGGUGCAUGUCGGCAAGCUCUGCAGACAGCAAGUGAGGAACGCAGCCACGUGUUGGACCUGAUGCCGCAUCCUCUGCGCAUGGUUCUCCUAGACGCCGGGCGUGACUCCUGGCUUGGACUGAGCCGGCCUUCGUCCCCCUGGGUAGAGCGAAAUCAGACACCCAAGCCGGACCCCAUCGGACCUUUCACACCAGAGUGUGAUGCAGCCAUUGAUGAGGCCCGGCGCCUCACCUUUGUUUCCAAGAACGUGAUGCUGAAGGUGAAAGAAGCUAUCAAGGAGGCACAGGACAUCCGCAACAUGGCACACAACACCAUUGAGAACAGCCUGCAAGGCAAGAGGGACGAGACUCUCUGCCAUAAGGGACGGUUAGACUUGGCCUUGGGAGGAACACGCAGCACACUGCACCGCUGCCAGCGUUUCAUGCACGAGAUGUCUAUUGCCCGAGGAAUGACCUUGGGCCCUGACAGCAGCAAGUACUUGGAGACACGGGAGAAGCUGACACGGCCGACGGUGCAGGUGUACCAAAGACACGUGGGGACGCAGCUGCCCGAAGCUGCAAUCCUCAACCAGUCCACCGCACAGUUAGAUCGCUCCAUAGAGGAUACAGCCAAGAACAUCCAGAGCCUACAAGACACCAGGUGUCACCUGAAGCAACGCAUUCAUGACAAGGAGACUGGCUACAAUGUGGAUGGCAGCAUCAAACGCCUGCGGCAGCGCCGCAUACACCCCCGCACCUGCCUGACAGAGGUUCUUGAUCUGGUCUGCACCUAGGAAGUUCAACAAAUACAUGUAGAGAUCAUGAAAAUAGACUCUGGAGUGGCCCAGGCUAUUUCUUUCUCACUUGAGGGACAGGCAACAAUUCUCCUUGUCCAAAGA